AUGCGACUUUUCCUCGGUCAGCCACCAGGCUUUGUCAGAGGUGGAAAGGCCGCAACAAACAAUGCAGGUCCAGCCAGCACGCUGGAGAGGAUGCGAGACGUGGCAACUACACCCACUGCCAGAGAACUUGUUGACGGGGUAUCUGAGAUGAAGAAGACAUUCGAGAAUAUCUUGCACCCUGACAGUUCGUUAUCAGAAGACGUCCAGUUGCUUCAGUUGGAAGCAGUUGUUCAUCAGUGUUUCGUGACCACUACCAAGAAUGGACAGGCAUCCUUCCGAACAACUCUGAAGACAUCGGGCUUCGAACCUAGCAUCUGGUUCAAGAACAAAUACAUUAUGCAGAUCGACAAGCUAGGGGCAUAUCGCCGAAUUCCAGAGACUCUCGUUAGAGAAGCUCGGAGAGAGCGGUCUCGAGUCGUUUUCUCAAACAUUGAAUUGCAAUUCGCCCGUCCCUACGCGCCAAAGAUGAGUUGGAGAUCUCUUACUGGUAAAAGAGUAUCUUGCCAUGUACAUGCGGAAGUACAACUUGUCACGCAUUAUCUUCUGUCGUCGUCACCAGUUUUGCCACGGGUCAUGGGCACCAGCAAGGAGGCAUGCUUCUUGUGUCACCUGUUCAUAUCCAAGCACGGUGCUUUCGAGGUGUCAGCCAAACAUGGGCGGUUAUUCGACCAGUGGACGAUCCCAGACUUGGCUGAAUAUAGCCCUGAGAACGUUACGAAGUUGAGAGCCAUAAUCAAGGAGAUGAUUGACGAAUGCAAAAGAUUGGCCAGACUCACCCAUCCAUGGCGGCCAUACCCUCUCACAAGCAGGCACAAUUUGCGCGAACUGCCUCACUUUUCGCCAACGGCUUCGGCUUUAGGCUCCAAGCCUGAUGUCCAAGCCGAUGGAGUCUCAGUGACGUCUGGGCAGGAGAGUGGGGAGAAUGCUCGCUUACACAGCAGCUUUGAAUCCUCUGGGCAGCAAAGCGUUGUCUCUACCAACAGUCGCAGGCUCUCCUCUCUGCAUGAGAUUGACCCUGCGUCGGUGCCCCCACGCUCGGAUAUCGUUCCAUCGUCUAGUGAAGGAGACGAGAAAAGCCCCGAGUCUCUCGUCCUGGGCCAAAUCCGCAGCCGCGAAUCAUCAAGGGGUAGAUCGAGUGCUUCGACCGCAAGGCUCGUCGGUCAGUGUCAGAUUCGGGUCUGUCCGGACGAAGCUCAGUUCAUUGAUGUAUCACCUGAUCUCGAGAUCAGAGCGGAGAUCGAGGCGCCUUGUUCAGGGGUGAUUACUUUAACGCGCGGCAAGAAAGCAACCCGCAAGCUGGGGGUCAGGGACAAUGGGGUCAACCUCGACGACCUGAAGGUCGGACAGGAGAUGGAGUUUCAAAGACGAGACGACGAGAACGGCAUAUUGCUCCAUCUAGAAAGAGGCCAGAGUCAAGUCUGUUCUCUGUCUCUUCGAUGGGCAUGA